AGUAGCCGUAGCCGCUCAGCGCUGUGCCAGGCCGGGCAGGAUUUACGCAUGUGGUAACGUGUGUGUCGGAAAGCAUGUCGACAACAGAGAAAGCGCUGCAAGUUUUGCGGUAUUUACCUCGUGUGAAAAUAUCUAAUCUUCGCGACACGCCUGGCAGCAACUAUGUAACCAAAGAUAUGCUAACAAGAGGGCCGCGGCUGCGCCCAUUCUGGAAAAAAGAUGGGGCAAAACACCACAUGGCUUGGCCCCGCCUGGGCUUCGAAGGAGGCCAAACGCCGUUUUAUCUGAAGAUCCCUAUGGAAAACUACAACGAGAAGCAUUUCCUUCGCCGUCAGUACCCUCCGAUGUCUCUGAAGCAGCUGCAGCUCUUCAUCGAUCUCGGACGUGUCGAUGUUACGCGGCCCAUAGACCUGGCUGCCCUGUGCAACACUAAGCUGUAUUUCUUAGACCCCCGCGAUCGCCACUUCGGCGUCCACUUGACCGCCGAAGGCAUGGAUGAUUUCAAAGCCAAAGUGAACAUUGAGGUUCAGCAUGCCAGAGAGCCUGUAAUUGCUGCCAUUGAGCGCAACGGAGGCACCAUCACCACAGCCUACUUUGACAUACACAGUGUCACAGCCCUCAUGAAUCCUGAGAAGUUCUUCAAAGAGGGUCGCCCCAUCCCAAAGCGCCAACUGCCGCCAGAGGAUGCCAUUCGUUAUUACAGUGACCCAGAAUUUCGUGGCUACCUUGCCGAUCCGCAGGAGGUGGCCAAACACCGGUUUCUCCUGGCGCAGAAGUAUGGCUACGAGCUGCCGGACCUGGCGAAAGAUCCUGAUCGUGAGAUGUUGCAAGAGCGAAAGGACCCGCGUCAGGUUUUCUAUGGACUUCAGCCGGGCUGGGUCGUAAACCUGAGAGAUAAGGUUAUUCUAAGGCCAACCGACCCAGAGUACAAGGAAUACUACAAUAUCUGAGUGCUAAGUGUAGUGCAUUAUGGCUUUUUAAGUGCUGCCCAGGCACAAAAAUUUGUGAGCCAUGUGUAGAGGUGCCUAUUCAUUGUCACUUUCAUAUCAAAUGAUUAUUGCAGUUAAGUCAUAUGCCUUAGAUGAUCUUUUUUUUUCCUUUUAAUAAGUCUAAAAAAAUCUAAGAUACAUGGUUGCAUCUCUAGAAAGCCUUUGCCUGAACCUGUUGAGUUCAGUAUAAAAUGGUGUCAUACUUUUCUGUGUGUAUUAGCUGGUCUCAUUGUUAAAGUCGACAAAGGCAGCGAUGGGGGCUUGUUGGUGAAUCAUCAUUAACAUUUUUGAUACAUCAUGAAACGUAACAUGGACACAAGAAGUGUUACGUUUCGCGCUGCAUCAAAAGUGUUCGUCAUGAUUAAAGUUUGUAAUUUCACGCAAGUUUUCGUCUGCCAGGCUACUGUUGGUAACGCCACAAAAAACUCGAUAAUGUCAAGUGCAGUAGUUCUAAUAAAGCAUUAAUUGCUAUUUUUGUUUCAUUUUUGUUCUGUGAUUUGCACAAAGAUGGAAUGCAAUUCAUUUGGAAGUUGUCCAGUAUGGAAUAAGUUUCUUUAGUAGCUUCCUUCUUAAGGUACACAUUACUUUCAUCACCAUGCCUCUCAUGCCUAUUUUUAUCAAGCUCCAUUGACUGAAAUAGCUUUUAACCUGGUUACUUAUGUUUCGCUGUUGGCGAAUUUAAUGCUUUUAUUAGAAAACAGUUCUCGUCUUCUUUAUGCUGAUAUGUUUUCAUUUGUAGUUACUGAAAUUAGCUUAUCUGUUCAUUACUGCUUUUCUUUUACACUUUAUGAACAAGCUGAACACGGUAAAAACUAGUGUUAAAAGAACACAGUUUUGACCAUCACCACUGAACAGGAGCUUCAGACAGCUCCUUAUCGCACUACCGGGGAUGUUGCUUUGAGCAGAUCUAUUCUGAAUUUUCUUCAAGUCUGAUGGGAUGUGCCACAGCAAGACGGCAAAACAAUCACACUAAUGGGCGGUGCCCCUACAUUACAUUGAGAUGAACGAGAAUGUAUUUAACUUUGUAUGUUAAAGCUCACUUGGGGUAAAGUACUACAUGGUGCAAGAAGUGUUUGCUCCGAGAGUGUUUCACAGUAAUCAUACUUACCCUUAGAACAGUCUAUAAUUUUUAUUCACAACCGAGUGCGCGAGUUUUGCAUGUUGUGUGUUUUUAUAAGUGCUAUAUUUUGCAUAUUUGCACCAUAUUCGUCAAGGUUAAGGUGCUGAAUGCUUCUUGUUCAAAAUUGAGCUAUUAAGAUUGCCAUGAUGCCCUGCAUAGAA